UGGCUACACGUUUGUUUUGUUUGUCAGCCCGACUCAGCUUUCUGAAGCAUUUCUCAAACAUUGUACGCCCCACCUUUAAUUAACACUGAAAUCCUGCAAUUGGUCUUACCGGUUUUCUUAACCUUGUUUCCUUAAUCGUAUUAUCUUGUUAUGAAUCAGGUUUAUCUACUUUCAUUUUGCUUUGCAAAAGAGGUCCAACUACAUAACGUGUGCAUACAAUUAAUUGUUAAUGUAUAUUUUUGUUAUAAGCUUAACAUUUUAUCAACAAUUUAACAUCAGCCAGUGGGUUAAGCUAGAAAUACUGUGCCAAGAAAACUUACAUUUAUCAAACCCAAGAACAUGCGAGUGGAACAGCUCACGUUUACUGUUUCUUUUGUCCAUCGUAUUCGACUUUAAUGCAAAAAAAAUGCAAACCACCAAACCGCUUUCAGAAAAAAAAGGAAAACAUUUUCUUAAAUUAAAAUGACAGUGAAAGAAACCUGCCUUGCAGACUUGGCAACUUCUGUGUAGGCAAGUGUGGACAAAAUACGCAGGCAUUCAAUGAAAUUGUGUGAACGCGGAUAUGGCAACCCUGACAGGAGCCGUGGGUACUAAUGUUAAUGCAGGAUUAAAGGCUGAUGCCGGGGGUCUUGCCAGGGAAUAAAAGUCGGAAUUAUCGGUCGUAAAAAUGAAGGUCAUCAUGCGUGUGCAGAGGGUGAAGGUUUUGAUGGGUUUUGUGAUAUUAGGACUGUUAGUUAUUUUUCUCAUUCAUCACUGGAGCCCAAAUGCACCAACUGUGGUGGAUGAUCAAAGAAGACUAAACUCCACCAUAACAAAGCUUCUUAGUCGUAAUGAACAGUUGAAGAAAGGCGAGACCGCCGUUCCUUACCAACUCAAAGAAAUUACAGCACGAAAUGGAUGUGUUUGCAAAGGAGACGCAUGGCAUCUUAAUGUGCCCUUUGGUGAUCUUUUUUUCCCUCGGGUUGGUGCUGAGGAGCUGCAGACUUCAUUUAGUGCUAAAGAGCUUGAGGAAAUAAAAAAGCGCAGAAGGCAUGAGUACAACAACUUCUUGUUAAGAUCACACACAGCAGCAAAUCUUCUCAUCAUUGCUGAGGCAAACACCCCUCUUCAAUACCCCACCCAGGGGGUAGAUGUCCAACCUAAAAAGUCUACUUUAAUUCCUGGCUUGGCUCUGAAAAUGAAGUCACAGAGUUUUUAUAGAGUUAAUUUAACUGCCAGCAUGGGCACGUUUGACGUAGCAGCCUUGGUGGAUGAUGUCAAUGUAAGCGGGGAUGGAAAAAUGCAGAUGAUUCUCUCCAGUCCACUUUUAUCUGCGCUUAAUAGACAACUGCAGUUCAUCAAUUAUACAAAUACAAUUUUUCAUCCAAAUACUGCAGACAUAGUGCAAUUUGGGACUGACGGAUACCAAGCAUCCUUCACCAUUAAUAUCCGACAUGAACUCAUUCCUAAACUCUAUGAUCCUGGACCUGCUGGACCUAAAGGAGAAUAUGACAUAUCCAGGCUUGUCUCUAUUGCUACAAAAACUUUUCUGCGUUAUGACAAGCUUCAGAAUUUGAUUGACAGCAUUCGACAGUUCUAUCCAACGGUCACGAUCAUUAUAGCUGAUGACAACGAGCAUCCUAAGCCUGUGACUGGCCCUUAUAUAGAGUACUACACCAUGCCUUUCAAAAAGGGCUGGUUUGCUGGACGUAAUCUCGCUAUCUCUCAGGUGACGACUAAAUAUGUGCUGUGGGUGGACGAUGAUUUCAUCUUCACCUCCAAAACAAGGCUGGAAAAAAUGGUGGAUGUUUUGGAGAGCACCACUUUAGACCUGUGUAAUUUUGUGUGUUUGUUUGCAUGCACCCAGGUAGGUGGGGCAGUCAGGGAGGUGACAGGAUACACUGCCACCUACUGCCAUAUCAUCUCAACAGAAAAAGGUGGAGAAAAUGGAGACUGUUUACACAUGAGAAGGGGCUCCUAUCAUGUGCUCAAAGGCUUUCCUAAUUGUGUGGUCACGGAUGCUGUUAUUAACUUCUUCAUGGCACGGACCGAUAAGGUCCGACAAGUAGGCUUUGACCCUCGUCUAGCACGGGUUGCACACCUUGAAUUUUUUGUUGAUGGCCUCGGUGUGCUUCACGUGGGUUCCUGUAAUGAUGUUGUAAUCAACCAUGCAUCAAAGAUCAAAGCAAUGUUGCCAUGGGGACAAACAGAAACUGACAAGGCCUAUUCUAAGUUCCGGUAUACCAACUCGAGCGACCAAAAUGCACUUUUUUAUUUCAAGAAUCAUUUUAAAUGCCUCACUAGUAAUUAACUGUAAAUCUUAACAAACUUGUGAAUUGCAAUAUGCCAUUUCUAUGCAAUGUGGGGAGGUGGGCACAGUGGUGGUGUGCAUGCUUUGCGUGUAUGAGAUCUUGUGUUCCUGCUGCAGCAUCUCUUAAGGCUCUGGGUUGUUGAUUGGUGGAAUGGGGUUCAAGCCCAAGCACUGCCAAGCUGCCACAGUUGGGCCAUUGAGCCCACUGUCAAUUUGCCACUGUUGGGCCCUCUCUGCUCCAGUGAAGCUGAUUCAUGGCUGACCCUGUUCUAUGUCUCCAACCUUCAAAGUUGGUAUAUGCGAUGAAGAAUUUCACUGCACUGUAAUGUGUAUGUGGAAAAAAGAAAGCUGCUUCUUCUUUUUCUCUAAAUGUCCUCUGCCUUGUUCGACUUCCAUAAGACAUUACAUCAUAUGCAUAGUUGAAGACCAAACACGAACAUGUACUGUAAGUAAAUAACGACUCCACUAUAUAUUCUGGAGAUUAAGGAAAGCGUGUCUGCCGAUUUCAGUUUUCAUGUGUCAGUAUGCAGUUGUGUUUCUGUGGUGUGUUAUUUAAAGGUCAAUAAUGUAAGCACUUGAAGGAUAUUCUUUGGUGUAUAAAUAAAGAUAAAAAAAAAUGUAAGCAUUUGAAGUAACUAACUUUGUUUUUCUUAGAACUGUACAUAAAAUUAUUCUGUUUUGUAAAAUACAUAUCUUGUAUAAAUUUUAUAUAAAAACUUAAAACUUGGACCUUACGCUUAGAUUACACUCUGUGCAGUGUUUCCCAAGAUCUCACUGUGUUUGUCAUGCAGUAAUGGAUUUGUUAUGCUAAGGUGUGAAUGAGUGUGUGGAUGUUGUUCCUGGUGAAUUUUCCUGCCCUGCACCCUGAACAGUGUUUACCUUCUGGGCGUACAUAAAUGAAGUGAAAUGAUGAAGGAUCGCCACUAGGUGGUAGUGUUGCAUCAGAAUAGAAUUGUUUUCCGUGCUAGUUUUGUUUGUGCUAUAUUUUGAUGUUAUUCUAAUUUUUGACGCAAACUACAUGUCAUUUGAAAUAUGAAACGUAUAUUUAAAUAUUUUUUAUUAAUGUGUACUGAAUAAAAUUAUAAAUGCAA